AAAACAUAAAAUAGAGCUGUGCGCGUGUUUCCGGUAUUUGCAACGCUUUCGCGUCUGUUACUGCUAUAUCACAUUCAACAUUGAGUAACAUAAGCUUAAAAUUGCUGAUUUGUUGUAGAGUCAGCCGCUUUGAAGUAGUCAAUCAGUUUAAUUGGUGUUUUAAACGUCAAAAAUAGCAUACAAUGGUGCGAGGAGCCUUCAUCGUUAUGGAAGGACUAGAUCGGGCGGGAAAAUCGACGCAAGUGUCAAUGCUACUCGAAGCCCUCAAGAAACGAAAUAUUUCCACGGAAAAACGAGUGUUUCCCGAUCGAUCAACAAUCAUCGGCGGAGUUAUUAACGACUAUUUGUUGAAAAAAAUUGAAAUCGCUCCUAAGUCCGUUCAUCUGCUAUUUUCUGCUAAUCGAUGGGAGUGCGAGGAAAGCAUCUGCCAGACGUUGAAAAAGGGAACGACGCUGGUCGUGGAUCGAUACGCGGCCUCGGGAGCAGCCUACGGCGCGGCGACAACCGACCAUUCGCUCGAGUGGUGCAAGGGCCUCGACCGCGGUCUGCCAGCGCCCGACUUGGUGUUCUACCUGGACGUGCCCGAGGAGGUGCAGCAGACCCGCGCUAGCUGGGGCGACGAGCGGUACGAGCGUACCGAGACGCAGCGCAAGGUCAGGGCCAAUUUCCAGGCGCUGGCCCCCUGCUUCCGCUGGAGCAGAGUGGACGCCACCAAGUCCGUCGAGGAAAUGCACCAAGACGUCCUCGAGCGAGUGCUCGCCACAAUCGGCGAGUGCAAGGACAAGCUCAUUGGCAAACUUUACGAAUCUUGAAUUGGUGCGCUUGCAAGUGCGCGCCAACUGAUCUCCGCUGUUUCGGCGUACGCAUACAUUCGAGUGUGCCGAGAAGGAAAGUUUGCACCUACAGGCUUUGCCGGAGCUUCCAGUUACGUGGCUUUGCGCGCGUCUGCUUUGAUGUCUGUUAUUACGAUGUAUAAGCUAGGCAAAGAGAUAGUCGGCUUAUCUGAUAUUGGAGAUGUAAACCGAUUGAAAGCUAUAUUUUCCUGUCGCAAUAACAAGUUGCUUCGUUGGCCAGAGGCGCUCAAUAAAAGUGUAACGUUGCUGU